AUGAGCGGCCGUGGCGAUCCUCGCUUGCUCUACACGGUUGGAGGCAUCAAGGCCUACCACAUCCAGCAAGGCGAAGAAUCGUCCCUUACUCCUUCGGGCCCGCAGACGUUGUCGCUGCCAGAAUGA